AUGGCAAAAAAAAAAGGUUUUGCCGCCGAUGAACGACGACCGUCGCCGUUCAACGACGGCGGCGAGGUGGCGCGGAAUGGCCAUGGUGGCCAGAAACUGGAUUUUGGGGGCCUGUUCUUCAGAAAUGAAGAACAGUUAUCUGGAUUAUAUCAAUCUAAUGUAGUAGAGGGAGAUUCCUCCGGAGGGGUAAUCAUAUCACCAGCCCCACAGGUGGUUAUCUCACCCGAGAUCAUACCAACACUACAAGAGAACUCUUCUGCUGUCAAAAGAAAAGUAUCAUCUGCUGUAAAGGUGCAAACUUCCACAACUAAUCCUGAUAAUCGUCCAGAUGAUUACGGUAUCCCGGAUUUCGAUAAAGAUGACAAAGCGAAGAAGAUAGAAGAAAAGAUCAGGAUGUUAGAAGAUCGACCAAAGUUUAAAAUUCCUGAGUUUGAGAAGUUCGAUGGGAACAGUUGCCCAUCGGCCCAUAUCACUAUGUUCUGUCGGAAAAUGACAGGGUAUGGAGGGAAUGACCAACUCCUGAUUCACUGUUUUCAGGAGAGCUUGUCCGGUUCGGCUAUCCGGUGGUACAACCAGCUCAGCCAAAAUUAUAUCAAGACAUGGAGAGACUUAGCUAAGUCUUUCCUGGAGCAGUACAAGUACAUCAAUGAUAUGAGACCAGACCGAGUUAUGCUACAAGGACUGGAGAAGAAGCACAACGAGAGUUUCCGACAAUAUGCACAGCGGUGGAAGGAUUUGUCUGUGCAGGUUCAUCCACCCUUGGAUGAAAAAGAGACUAGAAAGUUGUUUGUACAAACUCUGAAGACACCUUACUUCGGACACCUGGUGGCAAUUACAUCAGGGGGUUUUUCAGAUCUAGUUAUGGCUGGCGAAAUGAUUGAGUUGGCCAUUAAACAAGGGAAAAUCGAGGGAGGAGACUCUAUGUCGCCUUACCCAAUGGAUCCAAUGAAACCCCCAUAUCCGAGAUGGUAUGACGAAAAUGCGAACUGUGAAUACCAUGGAGGUGUGCAAGGGCAUUCGAUCGAAGGUUGCCUCGCAUUCAAGAGGCUUGUACAACGAAUGCGGAACAAAAAUUGGAUCACUUUUAACUCUGAAACACCGAACGUUGCCCAGAAUCCUUUGCCUAACCACCCAGAUACUGGAAUUAAUGCAAUCACCACCAGGGACGGCAGGAGAGUCAAAACCAAUGUUUCAGAAGUCAAAACUUCUUUGACCUGGGUAUGGAACCAAAUGAUAAAGGCAGGGUUUCUUAUACCGCAGUCAUGUCCAACAAGGAAUAAAGGUGGUAAUUAUUGUUGCUACCACAAUAAAGAGGGGCAUAAAGUGCAAGGAUGUUCCGAGUUCCGGACAUUAGUCCAGUUCAUGAUGGACCAUAAGGAGCUGGAGUUCUACGAAGAAGUUCAGGAUUCCCCGGAAGCAGACAUUUGUGCUACUGAAGGAGCAUCAGACAAGAGAUUCGGUAGGGGUAAUCCUUUGAUCAUUACCCCUAAGGCAAAGAUAUCAACAGUAGUUCCACAAGCAAAGGUGGAAGCUAAAGAGUUCCUCAAAUUUCUAAAGCAUAGUGAGUACAGUGUUGUAGAACAGCUUCACAACUUGCCGACACGCACUUCAAUAUUGGCAUUGUUAUUAAGCUCGGAAGCACAUCGGGAGGCACUGUUGAAAGUCCUGAAUCAAACAUUCGUGCCACAGGACAUACCAGUCAGUAAGAUGGAUCGACUGGUGAAUAAUAUUCAAGCUGAUAAUCUCAUCUCAUUUUCAGAUGAUGAGAUUCCGUCCGGAGGAAGAGGCCGAACAAAGGCAUUGCACAUCACUACCUACUGCAAGGGGCAUGCUCUGCCAAGUGUGUUGAUUGACAACGGCUCAGCUCUGAACGUAAUGCCUUUAGCCACUUUGAAAAGACUGCCAAUAGAUACCUCUCAUAUGAGGGCAUGCCAAAACGUGGUCCGAGCAUUUGACGGAACCAAGAGAGAGGUAAUUGGCAAGAUCGAGGUGCCGCUGACUAUCGGACCAGCCACCUACAACAUUGAGUUUCUGGUGAUGGAUAUUAUGCCUUCUUACAACUGUCUUUUGGGAAGACCCUGGAUUCAUCAAGCUGGUGCAGUACCAUCUACAUUGCACCAGAAGGUUAAAUUUGUUAUUGACGGGGCCUUAGUAAUUAUUAAUGCUGAGGAAGAUAAGGAAGAACGAUUCCUAAACCCCCGACUUUCCAAGUGUACCAGAAUGGAGAUCAUACAAACAUUGGGACAAGGUGCCAAGACUGGAAGAGGUUUUGGGAAAUUUCUGCAAGGGAGGAUUGAUCCAGUUCUUCCUAUUUCAAAGCCAGACCGAUUUGGGCUCGGCUUUCAACCCAGUUACCAUGAAAGGAGGAAAGAAGUUCAGAAGAACCGAGAAAUAAGACUAGCCAGAUUGACUGGACGUGAACUUCAAUGGGAGCCCAUGACAUUCCCGCCUCUUUGCCACACAUUCAAGACGGGUGGAUAUGUGUUUGAAACCACCCCGACAGAUUUAGAGACGGAUUUGGAAGAACUGAGUAUCAAUGUCGUAACCACUGGAAAUGCUGACGACAUCGUUAGAUCUGGGAUAUGCCCUUUGCCACCUGGAUUCGUGCCUAGCAGUUGGACGGUCGAAGAACUACCUGUGUUUUACAAGAAUUUUUCAGACACUGAAGGGGAGUGCAACUUGCCUACUGAAUUGUUGAGAAUGGUAGAAAGAGAAGAUGAACAAAUACUGCCCCAUAAAGAGACAAUCGAAAUCUUGAAUCUGGGCACUGAGGAAGAUCGAAAGGAGGUUAAAAUCGGUACAACUCUUUCGACUGAAGCAAGACAAAACCUGAUAAAUUUACUUCAGGAGUACAAAGAGGUGUUCGCCUGGUCAUAUCAAGACAUGCCUGGACUAGACACAGAUAUGGUAGUUCACAAACUUCCAAUUAAACCAGAAUGCAAACCAGUGCAGCAGAAAAUGAGAAGGAUGCGGCCAGAAAUGCUCCUCAAGAUCAAGGAGGAAGUCAAGAAACAAUUCGAUGCCGGAUUUCUUCAAGUGGCCAAAUAUCCGGAGUGGGUGGCCAACAUAGUGCCUGUACCGAAGAAGGAUGGGAAGGUACGCAUGUGUGUCGAUUACCGGGACCUUAACAAGGCAAGUCCCAAAGACAACUUUCCUCUGCCACAUAUAGACACUCUUGUGGACAAUACAGCCGGGAAUAACUACUUUUCAUUCAUGGAUGGAUUUUCGGGAUACAAUCAGAUCAAGAUGCACCCUGAGGACAUGGAGAAGACCACUUUUGUCACAAUGUGGGGAACUUUCUGUUACAAAGUAAUGCCUUUUGGAUUAAAGAAUGCUGGGGCAACAUAUCAGAGAGCCAUGGUAACCCUGUUCCACGACAUGAUGCAUAAAGAAAUCGAGGUUUAUGUCGACGACAUGAUUAUCAAGGCACAAACCGAAAACGAACAUGUCGAGCAUUUGAGAAAGCUCUUCCAGAGACUAAGGAAGUUCCAGCUUCGACUGAACCCUAACAAGUGUACUUUUGGGGUAACAUCCGGGAAACUGUUAGGUUUCGUGGUCAGAAAAGAAGGCAUUGAGGUUGAUCCUGACAAAAUUAAGGCUAUACAAAAUCUACCUCCACCUCGAACACAAAAGGAGGUCCGAGGUUUUCUGGGCAGAUUGAAUUACAUAGCGCGGUUCAUAUCUCAGUUAACCGAUAAGUGUGAUCCAAUCUUCCGACUUCUCCGAAAGAACAAUCCUGGGGCAUGGAAUGAAAACUGUCAGAUCGCAUUCGAGAAAGUGAAAGAAUACUUAUCUCAUACUCCUGUUUUAAUGUCCCCCAUCCCAGGCAAACCUUUAUUCCUAUACCUUUCAAUAUUCGAGAACUCAAUGGGUUGUGUCUUGGGUCAACAUGACGAGUCUAGAAGAAAAGAAAGAGCCAUCUACUAUCUGAGCAAGAAGUUCACAGAUUGCGAGGUCAGAUAUCCGCCUAUCGAGAAAGUUUGUUGUGCUUUAGUUUGGGCUACAAAAAGACUCCGACAAUACAUGUUGUAUCACACCACUUGGUUGAUUUCCAAGUUAGAUCCUUUAAAAUACAUGAUGGGUGUACCUGCUCUGUCCGGAAGGUUAGCCCGAUGGCAGAUGUUAUUAUCUGAAUUCGACAUUGAGUACGUAAGCCAGAAAGCCAUAAAAGGAAGUGCCAUAUCGGAUUUCUUAGCAAGCAGAACCGACGAGAAUUAUGAGCCACUAGAUUUUGAUUUCCCAGAUGAGGACUUGAUGGCUUUAUCUUUAGAGGAAGCAGUUACUUCAACAGACAAUUUUUGGAGAAUGUAUUUCGAUGGGGCAUCCAAUGCAUUAGGACAUGGUAUUGGGGCAAUAUUGAUCUCUCCGGAAGGGGGUCACUACCCGUUUACCAGCAGAUUGAACUUCGAUUGUACUAACAACAUGGCAGAAUACGAAGCUUGUGUCUUAGGAAUUCGAGCUGCGCUGGGGCAAAGUAUAAGGACCUUGCGAGUAUACGGAGAUUCAGCAUUAGUAAUCUAUCAACUCCGUGGAGAAUGGGAAACCAAAGAUACAAAAUUGAUAGAAUACCGAAAGCUAAUGUUGGAUUUGCUCGAAGAAUUCGAUGAAGUCACUUUCCACUAUGUGCCAAGAGAAGAAAAUCAAAUGGCUGAUGCUUUGGCUACCCUGGCGGCCGCAUUCAAACUUGGUAACCCGAGCAUUUUAAUUCAACUGCAGACAAAGCAAGGCGGAAAAUUGUUUCAAUUGACGAAGGAGUUGGCCGAAUUUAAGGCCAAUUUGAAAAACGUGGUGAUAACAAGAAACCAUUUGGGCAAUCCAUCUCGCCCACCGAUUAAUCUCAGUGGUGGCCGAUGUCGUUUCACUACUUCUCCAGUGAUCGAUAUUUCGAGAAGUUCUUACUCGCUGCCACAGCCUGCUCCCAUUCCUCAAUCAGCCGCUCGACAUGGAGGGAGACAUGCGCGACAGCCGCACCCUCACUCGUCCACACCCGAGCCAAUGUCAUCAUCAUCCGCUCAUCAUUCAUCCGAUUUUAUGGUGCCACCGCAAGGUUCUGUUGUUCCAUCUGAAUCACGCAAAAAUUGA